AUGAAGAAAAUGAAAUCAACAACGGUGGUUGAUGAAAAUAAGAAAUUUUUAAAAAAUUGGAUUGAAAUAAAUAGAUUAUUUAAUAAUAAAUUAAAAGUUACAAGAAUAGUAAAUAACAAUUUAAAAGAUGAUUUUGGUAGUAAUUUAAAAAAAAGGAAAUUAACUUGUAAAAGAAAUAAUAAAAAUCUUUUAAAGUUAUAUAAAAGGUUAUCAAAUCAAAAUGAUACCAAUGAUGAAAUAAAUGAAUUUUGUAAUUGUGGUAUCAAUAUAAUAAAUGAAAAAAGUUUUAAACUAUGUUUAUACUUUAUUUAUUCAUGUUUUUAUGUUAUAGAAAAUCUUAAAAUGGUAGUUUUAUUAUCAGAUAAACAACCAAUAAAAUAUAUUAAUCAAAUAGAAAAUCAAAUUUUAGAAUUCAAAGAAAAAACAAAUGAAGUUUUAUUUCAAAUAAAUCAACAAAUUCAAUUUAUUUCAAUUUUUAUAAAUGAAAAUAAUAAUAAUAAUAAUAAUAGUAAUUUAGAUUUUAAUGAAAAUAAUAAUAAUAAUAAUAAUAAUAAUAAUAAUAAUAAUAAUAAUAAUAAUAAUAAUAAUAAUAAUAAUAAUAAUAAUAAUAAUAUUAUUAAUAUAAGUGGUAAUAUAAAUGAUAUUUAUGGUAAUAAAAAAAAGAAAAUUUUAAUUAAAAAUUGUUGUUUUAAAGUUAAAAGGAUUUUACAAAUAAAUUUAAAUUUUUGGUCAAAUUUAAUAAAGGAAAUUACAAUUAUUGAAAAUAAUUUUAAUAAUUUAAAAAUGGAUUUAUCAAAUUUAAUGUAUAUAAAUGAUAUUGGUUUACAUUUAUUAACAAUUGUACAUCAAAAUUAUUAUUCAAUUAAUUAUAGAAUAAAAAAAGAAAUUAAAAAGAAUAAUAUUAUAAAGAGUGAAAUUGGUGAAAAUAAAGAAUUUAAAAGAAUAAUAGUACGUUCUUUCGAAUUAUUUGAACAUUUAAUAAAUAAGGAAAUAAAAUAA